AUGGCACAACUGUCGACUGACGCCAUGGCUCAUGCGCCGGCGGUGGCCGGUAACACCGACAAGAAGCCCACCACCUGGCAUGGGGCUGGAGCAGCUGAGUUUGACCUCAGAAGCGAUACAAUGACGAAGCCUACACCUUCGAUGCUCGAAGCGAUCUGCCAAACUACUCUACUUGAUGAUGUUUUCAAUGAGGACCCAGUCACCAAUGAGCUGCAAAACUAUGUCGCCGAGAUAACGAGACAUGAAGCAGGUCUGUUGGUCUUUUCCGGCACAAUGGGAAACCAGGUGGCCAUUCGUUCGCAUCUCGCGCAGCCACCCCAUUCAGUGCUAUGUGAUCACCGAUCCCACAUUAUUUGUUAUGAGGCUGGCGGCGUAAGCGCUUGGACCGGUGCCACUGUGAAUACUAUCGUGCCUAAGAAUGGUGUUCAUUUGACCUUGGAGGAUAUCAAGAAGCAUGCAGUUCUUGACGAUAAUAUUCACCAUUGCCCCACCAAGUUGAUCAGCUUGGAGAACACGCUUGAUGGCAUGAUUAUGCCCCUAGAAGAGGCGAAGCGCAUUGUGGAAUGGGCUCAUGCUAAUGAUAUCAAGGUUCACCUGGAUGGUGCCCGGUUGUGGGAGGCCGUUGUGUCCGGUGCUGGCAGCUUGCCUGAGUAUACAAGCCUAUUUGAUAGCGUUAGUCUUUGCUUCUCAAAGGGGCUGGGAGCACCCAUUGGCAGCAUUAUAGUCGGCUCUCAAGAUUUCAUUAAGAAAGCGCGUUGGUUCCGAAAGUCCAUUGGAGGCGGUGCCCGACAGACGGGCGUGAUUGCAGCAGCCGCUCGAGUUGCACUCGAUGAAACUUUCGGCACGGACCCCAAAGGCCAGACCGGCAAACUUGCAGCAACCCAUGAAAAGGCAAAGCGGAUAGCCGAUCUGUGGACUAGUCGUGGUGGGAAGCUGGAGUAUCCCCUGCACACCAAUAUGGUUUGGUUGGAUCUCGAGGCGUCAGGGGUGGGGCCGAAUGAUCUGGCUGAGAUUGGUAAAGAAAAAGGGCUGAGAUUGCUAGGUGGUCGCGUUGUGGUUCAUUACCAGGUAUCGGAUGAGGCGAUCGCUCGGUUGGAACAGGUCUUCGACAUUGCGCUCAAAGGCGAUUUCACACGGAGUGAGGACACCAGCAAGCCUUACGGAAGCAAAUAG